CCCCUGCGAGGAUCCUGGGCCGUGGGCGGCUCUCGAGCACUGCCCUGGGAAUGCAACCUCCCGAGGCUCCCGACUCGACACACUGUUUCACGAGGCUCCCGGAGCACUGACACACACAUGAACCGCGUCCGGCUGGAUCCUCUUAGCUGCUCGGCAAGGAUUCCGAACCAAUUCAGCCACGUUUUAAAAGGUAGCAAAGCCGAGAUAGAUGCCUUUUCUUUCCUUUUUCUUUUUUCGUUCUCUGUCUUUGUUUUUUUAACUAACCUGUCAUUUAUGCCUGGAGGGUCCAAGAAGAACCCACGACCUCUUUACAGUGUCUAACCCAGGGAUUUCAAACAGGUUUUUUCAGAAUUUAAGUAUGCCCCCCCCCAAUUGAUAAUCAAGAUUGCGGAGUCUUCCAAAAUAAUCCUUUACAUUUUCUGUAAUUAGAGACCCAAAGAAACUCUGGAUUUUCCACGGUACAUAAUCUAUAUUUAUUCAUAUUCCCUCUCUUCCUCCCUCCCCUCCCCCUCCCGCUUCCUCGUGCGCGUGUAUGCGCGCGCUUGUGCGUUUCCUUUCAUUUCUAGCAUUAGGAAACUCGUUCGGGGCCACUGAAAAGUCAGGAGAGGCUCAAAUCUGAUCUCCCACGGAUUCUUUCCUCUAAUGUUAGAUAAUGCCCGGAAACGUUGUCACCAAAUAAGUAUGAGAGUAUUAUUUUGGAGAAACAGUUAACGCCUACCAAAAUAUAAAGCGCCAGAGGAAAAGAGGUGAGACUGGAAGACAAGGAAGCCCUUUGCAUUCGCUGGUGGAGCAAAGUGCGAUCCGGGGACGGGCCGGGGUUCCAGUCCUUAUACUUCAGCACCGGAGGGGAUGGACAGCGUCUGUGGACUGGGCUGCCGCCACAGGGACAAAACUGCGCUGCCCUUGCUGCUGUCGUCGCCACGGGCAUCUGGGCUCCCUGCUCCUCGCAGCUAAAAGGCGGUGCCUCCUGAUACCCCUUGGUUCCCCCUCCCCUUCCUUGAUAGACGGAAAGUAACCCUUCUUAUCCACCUGCUACAACUACCAUACAGGGCUCUGAGGAGUCCUAUUGUUCCACAGAUUAAACUCUGAGCAACAACUUCAAGAAUAUUUCUCCGCAGGGGGCUGGGAGGAAAUGCAAGCAGGAUAGUGAAGUUGAAGUUGUUAGAGGCUCUGAAAAACCAUGGGCUCUGCAGAAGGGGUUGAAAUGCUCAAAGGCCCACACUUUAUGAAAUAAACAGAAUGCUCACCGGAGAGUUGCAACUAUUUUGGAAAUAGCUUUGUGAGAAGAGUUCCCGAUCUACUCUCAUCCCUACCUUAGAGACUGAGACUUCUAAUUCCUUUACUCGGCUGACUAUUCCCCCAGAAUGUUGAGAUUGCCAGAGAAGUGACCUCUGAAAAAGGAAAAUAUUGCUCUACCUAAAUUCAAACGACAUCCUUUGAGGUGCUGUAGCACAUGGAUUUCAGGACUGCCUGUGAAGAGACAAAGACAGGGAUUUGUUUGCUGCAGGAUGGUAAUCAGGAGCCUUUCAAAGUCCGGCUGCACCUAGCCAAAGAUAUUUUGAUGAUCCAGGAACAGGAUGUGAUAUGUGUGUCUGGUGAGCCUUUCUAUUCUGGUGAAAGAACGGUGACCAUUAGAAGACAAACUGUAGGAGGAUUUGGAUUAAGCAUAAAGGGGGGAGCUGAACACAAUAUUCCAGUUGUCAUUUCAAAAAUCUCCAAGGAGCAAAGAGCGGAACUUUCAGGGCUGCUCUUUAUUGGAGAUGCAAUUCUACAGAUAAAUGGAAUUAAUGUGAGAAAAUGCAGACAUGAAGAAGUGGUGGCCUGUCAACCACACUUUGGGAGAAGCUGGAAGGUUGAAGGGCUUCUGUUGGUGAUGGUUCAGGUGCUUCGGAAUGCUGGAGAAGAAGUGACCCUAACAGUGUCAUUUUUAAAAAGAUCACCUGCUUUCCUCAAACUCCCACUGAAUGAAGAUUGUGCAUGUGCUCCAAGUGACCAGAGCAGUGGCACCUCCUCUCCUCUUUGUGAUAGUGGCUUGCAUCUCAACUAUCAUCCCAACAAUACAGACACAUUAUCAUGUUCUUCAUGGCCAACAUCUCCGGGUUUGAGAUGGGAAAAGCGAUGGUGUGACCUUAGGCUGAUCCCGCUGCUUCAUUCACGUUUUUCUCAGUAUGUGCCUGGGACAGAUUUGAGUCGGCAGAAUGCUUUUCAAGUCAUUGCUGUGGAUGGGGUCUGCAGUGGGAUUAUUCAGUGCCUCUCUGCUGAAGACUGUGUUGACUGGCUACAAGCAAUAGCAACUAAUAUUUCAAACCUCACAAAGCACAAUAUUAAAAAAAUCAACAGAAAUUUUCCUGUAAACCAGCAGAUAGUCUACAUGGGCUGGUGUGAAGCACGGGAGCAAGACCCUUUGCAAGACCGUGUGUACUCACCAACAUUUCUAGCCCUGAGGGGAUCAUGUCUUUACAAGUUUUUGGCACCUCCAGUGACAACAUGGGACUGGACCCGAGCAGAGAAAACAUUUUCAGUUUAUGAGAUUAUGUGCAAGAUUCUCAAGGACAGUGACCUGUUGGACCGGCGGAAACACUGCUUCACAGUGCAAUCUGAGUCUGGGGAGGAUCUCUACUUCUCCGUGGAGUUAGAGUCUGACCUCGCCCAAUGGGAAAGAGCCUUCCAAACAGCAACCUUUCUGGAGGUGGAACGGAUACAGUGCAAGACAUAUGCAUGUGUGCUAGAAAGUCAUCUAAUGGGACUCACAAUUGACUUUAGCACUGGAUUUAUCUGCUUUGAUGCUGCAACAAAGGCUAUACUUUGGAGAUAUAAAUUUUCUCAGCUUAAAGGUUCUUCAGAUGAUGGCAAGAGCAAAAUCAAAUUUUUGUUUCAGAAUCCAGAUACUAAGCAGAUUGAAGCAAAGGAGCUGGAAUUUUCAAAUCUAUUUGCUGUUCUUCACUGCAUUCAUUCAUUUUUUGCUGCCAAAGUAGCUUGUUUGGACCCUCUCUUUUUAGGCAAUCAGGCUACUGCUUCUGCUGCUGCCAGCUCUGCUACUACAAGCAAAGCAAAGUACACAACUUGACAUACCAAGAUUUGCAUUGUCACUUACUAUGACUAUGUAAAGAAUAUAAACAUAAUCAUCAUUUUAGACCCUGGAGAAACAAUCAUAUCACCAAGUAAACAGUGAAUUCAGUUUGAAAUUUGAACAGAAAGCAAGGUCAUAAGGAUCUCAAAAGCACUUCUAUUUUGGAAGACAUUGUGAAUAAUCUUAAAUGAACAUAACAGCUUGUUCUCAGUUUAUUUGUACCAUCGAAAGUGAAGACGAAAGAAUGAAUGAUUCAAAGUAUGUAAAUAAUAUACAAAUUGUAAGCUACCUAUAAAUAAAAAUACCACUUAAAUGGUUAUUUCUGUAUUUUAGAUUAUUUUGUAUGACAAAUUCAUGUUGGGCCAGAUCAUGAACUAAUGCCCUAUCAUUGAAUUUUGAGUGAUAUAAAGGAGGCAAAUAAACCACAUGGCAGUGAAGAAAAUAGCAUGUAAAAAAU